AUGUGGCUGUCCCCAGUUCUGCUCCUUCUCUGCCUCUCAGGCUCUUUGUCCCUGACGGGCCCCAGCUCUGUGACGGGCACCUUGGGUGGCUCUCUGAGUGUGCCGUGUCAGUAUGAGGAGGGUUACCAGAGGCAUAACAAAUACUGGUGCCGAGGAGAGUACGGCAUAACAUGUGAGAAGAUUGUGGAGACCAAGGGAGAAGAGAAAGAAGAGAGGAGUGGGCGUGUGUCUAUCAGAGACCAUGCUGAUAACUUCACCUUUAUAGUGACCAUGGAGAACCUUACUACAGAUGAUGCUGGAUCCUACUGGUGUGGAAUUCAGAGAACAUGGUUACCUGACCCUUUAGUCCAGGUUAACGUGUCUGUUUCUGCAGUGCAUGGCUGGGGAGAGAGCAAGCACCUGACGUGUGAUUUGUCUCCAGCACCAAAUAAAACAACAGAGAGGACCACAUGUCAAGCUGUACCUGCUGCCUUUCUGGGGCUGAACAGCAAACAGAACCCCAGCACCGAGGAGGUGCUGACCUACUGCUCAGGGUCCUUGCUCAGCAGUGUCCACUUCUUGUUCCUGGUCUUCCUGAAGCUUCCCCUGUUCUUGACAUUGGUGGGUGCUGUCCUCUGGGUGAACAGGCCUCAGAGGGGCUGUGGAGGAAAUAAGCCUAAUGAGGAUAAUCCACAAUGUAGUACACUAUCCCCAGGAAUGCCCUGUCCAAGAAUGGUCGGACAAGACAGUAAAGAGGAACGUGCUGCCUCUGCCGUGAGCACGGCGGCUGUGGGGAGGGUGCUGGCUGCUGCCAAGGGCCCCUCUGUGACUCAGCCCUGUGGCGGGGACAGCGGGGCCGGAGCUCCCACGCGGUAA